CAGGUGGUGCUCAGGCCACAUCUACUGACUCGAUUAGGGGAAGGGAAGAACAAGGAAGUUCGGUGCAAAUGUUGUUCAAAUGAACAUUCCCGAAUGUCUACUCAGGAAAAAUAUGCAUUGAAUGUUAUAAAACUGAGCCUCCUCACCUAAGCCUAAUUAACUUAGUGGAUCCAACCUAGGGAGAAGUUUACCUGUGUUCUCCAGCACUUCAAAGGCUACACAUCUAGUGACGUCGAGGAUUAUAGAUUGGCUGGAGGAGAUCUACACUAAAUGUUUGCUACUUUCUUUGAUAAGCACCUGGAUUGAUGCUGGUUGUUGACGACGCUCGAUGGCCAUGUAUCCGAUAGACAUCUUGCCAUCUGUGGAUUAUGAUGAUUUACUAUCGGCCUCCGAUAACUACUUGUCUUCACUUAAAUCAAGCAGAAAUGAAAACCAUGAAGAGUUCGAUACACUUCAUCACACAAAGGUGGCUAUAAAGGAAAGCAAUUUGAGCAGAUUACACAUGUUUCCUGACGACCCAUCUGACUGCACUGUGUUGGCACUCCACCCCCCUGAUGAUCCAGACAAUGUAUUGGCUCUCUACCUGCAUGGAAAAUGGUGUUCAGUUGAAGAUGCAACGAAGACCACCAGCAAAUCCAGGGCUGGACUUGUAAUGGUUGAGUCGGCUAUGGAGAGGGUCAUCCUGUUUCUCCUGGCCCAUGUGCUUGAGAAGCUCCCUGCCAUCGACCGGCUGUUCUCCCCUCACCCCCGGACUGAACAGGGGAAGCUGCUGUGGAGGGAUGGGCAGGCGGUGGGCUUUUAUACUUUCAAACAGAAAGGCAGCCUGUGUGGCAGCUGGACCGCUCAGAGCUACCUGCUUCCAGUAUUGGACACAACCCUGGUUCGCCGUGGUUGGAGGGGUCGUGGCUUCGGACUCCAGAUGCUAUCAGAAUUUUUUUCUCUGUUCCCAAGGGAGGAGGUGGUGGGGAUAAGCUCUCCAUUAUCACCCAGUAUGGUGGCAGUGUGUAAGAAAUUCCUGCAGCAACAUGAGGAACAGAGGGAACGCUUGUAUGAGGUGAUGGAGGCUCCGGGCGGGUGGGAACAGCGACGCAACAUCUGGAUGAACAUCCAACUGGGACGCUACUCCCACUGUACGGACAACGAGAAAAGUUUCAAAGAAUUGUCGUCGGGGAAAUAAGAAGGCGGUAAUGCAUGCCAGAACUUGCGCAACAACUGACUAUAUUACUGCGGGUCAAGUAGUUAAUGUUAUCCAUUGGGUCGGUUAGAAUUUGAAUAAAUCAUUACAGGCAAGGCAAUAAGUGUGGGGUUUUUCCUACACAAAAUAAACAAUGAAAUGUGUAUUUUGUGUGAAUGCAAUGGAACUUGCAAUGUAACAAUAAGAGCGAUUGUUCAAUAUUGUCACUAGUAGUCCUUGAAGCCCUCUCCAGAGUCUAGAAUAAAUUGAGGCCAACACGGAGGCUUGUCCUGACCUGGAUCCAUUCCUGUCCUGGAUCAGUUGUCCACCAUAUUAACCCGGGUGUCCCAAGCCCAUGGCAGCUCUUCAAACGACAACACAGACACAGGAUGUUGCUCCACAACCCACACUGACUCCCCGAACACAGGGAAGCACCCCUACUACGACCAUGAGAUGCAAGCCGACCAAUAACAAGUUGGAGCAGAACUAAUGUAGUCGAGCAGAGGAAGUACAAACUGUCUCAGAAGAGCCUUGCACAAACAUCAAAGUUCACAGCAGGCAAGGGAAGCACAGGAAGAUGUGUACUUAUUGUCACAAUA